UAACUAAUAAAAUAACGGUUACAUCGUCAGUCCUUUUGAUGUUUUCAUUAUUAUUGCUCAUGCUAAGGGUUACAAUGAUGAAACUGAGUGCGACGGGAGCUGUUUAUUAGUUACAUUGAUCUGCUGCCAGCAUGUAACCUCUAUAUUGUAACCUAUAGAAUUUUAAGUAACCUUUAACCGAGACCCGACGGAGACAUUAUAUAGGGAGUGGAAGUUCGCAAUUUACACAGUAUAACAAAGCGCAGGAUAAGUAACCUGCAUGCACACGUUGUUGAUCCACUUGAUAAGCCUGUGUACGGGUGUUCAGUCGCAAAUUUUGCAUGGGAGCAAAUUACUCAUUGAGCCGGCAGAGCCACAUAUCGGAAGUAUACGCCGCGGGAAAAGAAUGUUCUGCAAGAAUAAUGACGAUUCUUGCCGGAAGUACAAUCACCGAAUGAGCAAAUAUUAUAUACAAUUAGCGCUUUUCACGGGCCCUACAUGUGUCCUGCAGAAAGCUAUCUCGUUGCCGCCGCAUGCCGCUGCCGACACACGCCGCCGCAAGUGUUUGUUAUGAGUCUCACAUUCACGGAUUGGGGAGCACUUUUGACGUAUGUUUAGUUUAUCUCGUGGCAAAGUAAUGCUCCUCUGGCACUUCUGCCUUCUUCAUGAGGCGAGGAAAAAGAAGCAUGAUUAUUAUUAUAUGGUGGGAACCUGGAAGGCCCUUUUGCCGUGUUUACUCAGUGCGAAUUUGGUUGGGCGCAUUCAUGGAGCAAGCUCAAUCGCAGACUGAUGUACCAACGUUUUCCUCAUAUUACAACCAUCUAGAGCAAUGCGUCGUUGCCUAGAAAGCGCCCAAAGAAUUUAGUAAGUGUUGCCCCAACGGAAUGUAUCUUAAUUGAGCAUUUUUAGCAAACCAUCUCUGCAGCCGAGGUGCGAAAUUGAUGCAAACAAAAUGCAAUCAUUAAAAGGCUUGGCACGUUUCUCCCAUUAUUGAUUGUGCACUCAGCACCGGUACGAGUAAACGUGUGCAACACGCCACAUUUCGCUAUAUUGUACAGCAGCAACACGGUUGGUCCAACGGGCCAAUGCAUGUCAGCGCAGCAAACCCAGCACGGAAAAGCCGCAUACAGCCACUCCACUACCGCGGAGCCGUGUAGACUGAUGAAAGAUACAGUUGUCUGAAGUUUAUACCCCCAUGAAGGCUAUAAAGAAUGAUUGUGUUCAAUGCGGCAACAUUGUUUCUAAGAGCGCACUAUGUCCAUAAAUUUGUGUUUUUGUUUUACCCUCAACGAACCCGUUUUUGUUUGAAUAUGUGCCGCCGGAUCUGAAUGUCCGAAUCGUGCUUCAGUUACUGUACUUCACUGCAGAAGCAGCGGCCAUGUUCUUAUGCCAUCUCUCUGCGUUUCCUUAUAUAGUUCCAGCAUUGCAUGACGGGACGUAGAUGCAAACAUGGCGUUGUGAGCUGUGCAUGCGUGUUUCGUUGCUGUUUUCGCGCCAAUUUUGUCGGGGACAAUGGCAUUGACAAACCGGGACUUAUUUGGGAUAGCGCGCGGUCGCUGCAAGGAGUCAUUUUGUGACUGUGAGCGAUACAGUGUUCUGAGGUCGGCGAACAUUCGCUGUGACUACUGUGAUCACUGCCCCGGAUCGCAUGGAAAAUUAGACGAACUCGACAGCACUCCUUGGACUGGGGACUGGCAUGUUCGCGGCACAGAUGCUACUGAAGCUUCUGAACCACAAGAUUCUGGAGGAAACUGUGCAAAUGCAGACUUAUGUACCACAGCUCCUGGUGAAACAGUUGAGAGCAGCAGCUUACAACGCGCCAAUGACUUGUCCCUUCUGCCUACAAGAAGCACAAAUGAUCCGUCGCUGCUGCCUAAUACAAGCACCAGGGACCUGUCCUUGCUGCCUUCGAGAAGCGCCAAUGACCUGUCCUUGCCACCUACAAGAAGCACCAAUGAUCUGCCACUGCUACCUACGAAAAGCCAGGAAUUCUUUGAGUGGCUUCUUGAGAACUUGCCUACAUUUUCUCCGUGUGUGCAACCGCUCCUUGAGGGGAAAGUGCUUUCACAAAGACAGCACAAACAGCUAUGUCGCCAGCUCCGGACAGAAAUCGCACUCUUCUUAGAUGAGAAUGAUAUAAUCACCAGCAGCAACACUGCCCAAUGUCGUUGGAUGUACAAGGCCCUUGGAGAUGCUCUUGUAAAGAUGUACCCACACCUGAUGUGGGAUGAACCAAAGCCUGAAAGCCGGCUGCAGAAAACAAGAAGCCAGGUUUAUGUGAGUCAGUGCUUAUGUUUAUAA